GAACCCAACUAAUUUUUGCUUUUCAAAUUCAUUCUCAUUACGCGCCUUCUGCUUUCUCUCUCAGAUUCGUCUAAAGAAUAUGAACGGAAAGGUGAUGAACCAAAAAGGGGAAAAUUUUGAACCCAAUCCUAUAUCUUUAUGUACGGAUAAUCCAGAUGGAAAGAUUUAUGAGAAGAAGAAGAAGAAAUGGAAUAAGAAGAAAGGGAAGUUAGCUAAGAAGUCUGAUCUCCCAUGUGAUGGUGACAAGAAACUUCCCAUCUGCUCCCGUGAUGGGUUUCCUGAUCAUACCCAGAACUGUUCAUCAGUUGGUAUUCAGAAUUCUAAUAACUGUUCAAAGAUGAGCAACCAUGGGUCUGAUGAAGUAAGAAAUGAUAGUUUUCUUGAGGAUCUUCAGGCCAGCCACCCCUCUGCUGUACUUCAAUGCAGCAAGGUCGAACUUGAAGAUUCUAAUGGCAGUGUUUGUGAAGAUAACAAGACUGGUAGUGGCAGAUCCUGCGCCCACGAUGGAAAAGAAAAUAGAUUUUUUGUAAAGAAGUGGCAGAAGAGGCAGCGUACUGUGAGGGAUCAACAAAGGCACUGGGUCAAGGAACAACCAAGUUACAGAUAUCCAGCUGUAGAGAAUAGUGUCUGGGUUGAACAUGGUAAUAGUUUGGAAGCUAAUGCAUUGGUUUUUUCUGGGCACAACAGUGGUGCUUAUGGGAGAAUGCCCCGGAGAGUAUUGGGUGAAGCACCACAAUGGGUUGCUUCUCAACAGAGGUUGAAUUGCAAUGGGAAAAAAGGACUUGGAAAUUGUAGAGGAAAUUUCUUUGGGUUGCAUGAUAAGUUUGUUUCAUAUCAAAAAGAAUUUUCACAGGUUCCUUUUGGCAUGCAGUAUUACAAGAAUAGAGAUACAGCCAAAAGAAUGUUUUACAAUGAUCAUCAUGUUGCAAGUCAUGGAUAUGAACCCUGUUUGAACUCAUCCUUUGUGUAUUCUAAAAUAUCUACUCAAGGUGUGAUAAAUGGCAGUCAACCACAUAAAUUCAUGAAGAUUCCAAUCAUGGAACAUAAUUCGGGUAGGUGUUUAUAUUCUCCUUUGGACGGUAGACAAUGCUCAGAGUUUGGAUAUCAUAGUGAUCAUAAGUUUAGGAAAGAUGUUACUACUGGAGCAAGUUCUAAGAAGUGGAAACCUGUUGGUACAAAAGAGUCCAGGCCAAUGGAGGGGAUUUGCUCUGCUGCUACUUGCAAUGCUUCAAAUCUUGACCUACCAGUUUUAAGCAAGGGGUUGGGUAAUAUCCAUCCAGAGGGAAGUUCAAUUCCUUCUCCUUCAUCUGAUACAUUUUCUGAAACUGAGGGCAUAAACUCAAUAUCUAGCCAUCAAUUGCCUUCGGCUUAUUAUGAGCACCCAACAUUUCAUAAGUCCACUGCAGAAGUAGAAGAUCAGAAAAUUGAAAGUAAUGGUUAUGAAGCAAAUGGUAUAAGACCAAAGGACACCGUUGAGUUCCUAAUUGGUUCACAAACGGCAGUGGAAGCUCUAAAUGAUUCUUACAAAAUGCAAUUAGCAUCUGAGGUUGUUCACCUUACAACGGGGUGUCCACUUGCAGAGUUUGAAAGAUUCAUCCACUGCGCUGCUCCUGUUCUUGCUUCUUCAUACGAACAUAAAAAAUGUUCUGCUUGUUUGGACAAUCAGCUGUCUCAUAGUUUCCUAUGCAAGCACCAGAUACCAAACUUAUCACUUCGCACUGUUUGGAACUGGUAUGAGAAACCAGGGAACUAUGGAUUGGAUGUGAAGGCAGAUGAUUCUAGAAACCUCAAUGAUUCAGUGCCAUUCCAUGCCCACUUUGCUCCUUCCCUUUCUGCUGUUCAACUGUUUCGGUCCAACGACCCUGGUUCCAAAACAUUAAAUUCCACAUAUUCUGCAGAAGCAGCAGAGCUGAACUAUAUUCGGGCAGGGACAGAGAACUUUGAUUCGGUCAAAGAGCCUGUUGGUUCUUUUGAUUGGUCACCUGAUUGUAAGCUCAUAUUUGAAUUUUUUGAAUCUGAGCAGCCACAUCAGCGAAAGCCUUUCUACAAUAAAAUUGUGGAGCUAAUUGGCGUUGGAACUUCUAAUCAUCACAUAUUUGGUGACCCAUCAAAACUAGAUUGUCUGAAUUUGCAUGAUUUACAUCCUGCCUCUUGGUUUUCGGUGGCCUGGUAUCCAAUAUAUCGAAUUCCAGAACUAAACUUCCGUGCAUCAUUCUUGACCUACCACUCACUUGGACAUUUUGCACAAAGACCUUUUCCAACUGAUGCUUCCAAUGAACACACAAGUCGGAUUCACUCCCCUGUGUUAGGAUUGCAAAGCUACAACGCACUGGGUGAAGGCUGGUUUGAUCCCAAAAUACCUACAGCUUCUAACAGUGCAGAAAUUCUCAAAGAAAGGCUCAGAACAUUGGAAGCAAAUGCAAUACGUUUUGGCAGAGGUUGCGUUUUCAAGGAUAAAGUCAUGGUGUUCAACAGGCAUCCAGAUUAUGAGUUCUUCAAUUCUCGAAAAACACAUUAUAAAUAGUUACAUACAAAUAAGAACCAUUUUUCUUACUGGCUUUUGUGAAUUUGGGUUUGCCUCCAUUGUAAAGGGUAAAACAUAGGGUAAAAGGAGAAGGAACAUUGUACUCCUCGGUACUUCUGUUCUGUGUCUUAAUUUUGUAGAUAACGGGAAAACUUUCUGUAGCUAUUGAAAUUGAUUUGCGAUGUUCCUUUUAUCAUCUUUAUUCAUAUAGUUC